CUCGGAGAGUCCAGUCUUCGGCUCUCGGUUUUGUAGCCGCAAUGGCCUCUUACACGGCUUACACAGGCUACAGCAAGCCUCCUCAAUCUUACCCAGGUUCUUACCCGGCCUCUUACUACGACGGGAAGCAGGCCAAGACAUAUGCAGAUUAUCAAGACUCUCUGGAAGAGGAAAAAAAGAGAAAUGAGAAGAAAGACCGCCGGGACGCCAUCUGUUGUGAGGUAGUGGCCCUCGUCAUCGGUUUCGUUGGACUAAUCGGAGUGGCAGCCGUGACCGGCCUGCCGAUGUGGAAGGUGACGGCUUUCAUUGAGGAGAAUAUCAUCGUCAUGGAGACCCGCUGGGAGGGCUUGUGGAUGAACUGCUACAGACAAGCCAACAUCCGAAUGCAGUGCAAGGUCUAUGAUUCCCUGCUGUUUCUGCCCCCAGACCUUCAGGCUGCCAGGGGUCUGAUGGCUGCCUCUGUGGCCGUGGCCACUAUUGCCCUCAUCGUUUCAGCAGUGGGAAUGAAGUGUACCAAAGUGGUGGACCAUCGGGCCCGCACCAAGCAUAUUGUUCUUGUCAGUGGAGGCUGUCUGUUCCUGUUGGCCUGUCUCACUACCAUCAUCCCCGUGUCCUGGACCGCCCACGUCAUCAUCAGGGACUUCUACAACCCUCUGCUGAUCAGUGCCCAGCGCAGGGAGCUCGGGGAGGCUCUUUACAUCGGCUGGGUGACCUCAGCUUUGCUUUUCACUGCCGGAGUGAUCCUGCUGUGCCGUCACGCUCCACGCACCCAGGAUCCAGAAGAAAAGAUUAUAUACAACCCUGACGGAAAUCUCUACCAACCGGCAUACGCGUACCAGCCAUACACUUACCAGCCAGCGUACACCUACCAGCCUCCCUACUCAUUACCCCCACCGGGAUCAGUAGCUUACACACCGAGCCAGUACUAGCCAUGGAAAUCUAACACAGAGACAAUUACACCUUCCAUGAUUUGGCUCAUUUGAGUUUGAGGUGACUAAUAUGCCCAAAGCGUGUCACUGGAAAUGGACAUUUUUCUGUGUGUUUUCCCUAAUGAAAUUUAUUGUGGAACUGAUAUUGUUUUGAUCAUUCAGAUGGAUUUUCAAUCUGUAUUCAUAUGAUGGCUGUUGAAAUCACUGCUGACCUGGUCUUUGAGGAAAAGUUGACCAAGUUUCUAUUGUGAUUGUACAUCGUCUUCUUAAAAAGAUCAAUUGUGAUUUCCAAUAAAAGGGCAAUGUUGACAAAAAGAUAUUUUGUUUUUUGUUUAUUAUUUUCUGUUGCCUUACUAAGACAGGCACAUCUGAAUAAGGAGUAAGGAGAAUCUAUACUUUACAAGAAGGCCAGUGUCACAUUUCCUGCCAAAAGUUUGCAAUGGAUCCAAAAUGUCCGACUAAACCUGCUGCUGUUCACCUGGCGGGUGUGUAAAUGGAAUGUUGUCUCCAUUGUUGUCAGUAGAAAAGGGCCUGAACUGGUAAAACCAGAUUGGUCAUGCAGGUCAAUCCACAAUGCAAUCCACCCCGUGAUGUAUUUAUAACUAAGGCAGAGUUGUAACCAUUUGCUGUUCCUGAGCACAGUGAGCAAAGUAAGACAUUAAAACAACUUGAUUACCCAGCACAACUUCAAUAUGACGUAUGAAUGUCAGA